AUGAGCCACCACAGCCACCUCCGAGUUUCUGCCCUUCAAACCGAGGAAGAAGCAGAGAGGCAGACGCAGUAUGAGUCCGAUAACAGCGUUUGGCGUUUCAAAGGCAGCGACACCGCAGCUAAAGCCUCCAGCGUCACAAUGAGAGUUAUCGUCUACAAGCUCUUUGAUCUUUGCACUCCAGACAUCAAAAAGCCUCUUUUACCACUUGCACACGGUGACCCUUCUGUGUACCCUUGUUACCGAACCUCCAUCCACGUAGAAAACGCCGUUUCUGAUGUCCUCCGCUCCGGCAAGGGUAACUCUUACGGUCCCGCCGCCGGAUUCCUCCCUGCCAGACAGGCGGUCGCUGAUUUCGUGAACCGGGACUUAACGAACAAGGUAACGCCUAACGAUGUAUAUAUGACCGUGGGAUGCAACCAAGGGAUAGAAGUGUUGAUGCAGGCGCUGGCUGCACCAAACGCAAACAUCUUUCUCCCACGGCCUAGUUACCCUCACUACGAGGCUCGUUGUGUCUACAGUGGACUCGAGGUCCGCAAAUACGAUCUACUUCCCGAGAAUGAAUGGGAGAUUGAUCUCCAAGGCAUCGAAGCCAUGGCAGAUGAGAACACUGUCGCAAUGGUUAUCAUAAACCCUAACAACCCUUGUGGAAAUGUCUAUUCUUAUGAUCAUCUCAAGAAGGUUGCGGAGAUGGCUAGGAAGCUGGGGAUAAUGGUGAUCACUGACGAAGUUUAUAGCCAGACAAUCUUUGGAGACAAUCCUUUUGUUCCAAUGGGGGAGUUUGGUUCGAUAGCUCCGGUUAUCACUUUGGGUGGUAUAUCGAAAGGAUGGAUUGUUCCUGGUUGGAGAAUCGGUUGGAUCGCUUUGAAUGAUCCUAAAGGCAUCUUCAAGUCCACAGGGGUGGCUCAAUCUAUCCAACAGAAUCUUGACAUAACUCCAGACGCUAACACUUUGGUUCAGAAUGCGCUUCCUCAGAUCCUGGAAAAAUCUAAUAAAGAGAUGUUUGCCAAAAAGAAUUCAAUACUAAAACAGAACGUGGACUUGGUCUGUGAUAAGCUUAUGGACAUUCCUUGCGUUGUCUGCACCAAGAAACCUGAGUCAUGCACUUACUUAUUGACAAAGCUGGAGCUUCAGUUGAUGGAAGACGUAGAGGAUGAUAUGGACUUCUGUAUGAAGCUAGCCGCAGAAGAAAACCUCGUCUUGCUACCAGGAGUGGCUUUGGGACUGAAGAACUGGGUAAGGAUAACGAUCGGAGUAGAAGGCCGGAUGCUAGAGGAUGCACUUGAGAGGCUCAACGGCUUCUGCAAACGCCAUCUAAAGAAAACAGAGGCUUCUCUUCAAGCUCUGAAGCUCAAUGGAGAAAUCUAA